AGAGAACUGAAGAAACAGCAAGCAAUCCUGGAAAUACCUUAAAAAUCACUAAUACAUGAUGUAGUGACAAGAUGGGGGUCCACUUUCAAAAUGAUUGAGAGAUUUCUGGAGCAGCAACAAGCAUGCUGUGCAGUUCUUGCAGGAGACAGGAGCUUACGGCAUCUAAUGCCAAAAGACAAUGAUGUGCAAAYGCUGGAGAGGGUCUGCCAGCUGCUGGGGCCUCUCAAUGACUUUACAGAUUUACUUGGCUCUGAAAAAAACACUCUCUCAUCUUUGAAGCCUGUUAUGGAACACAGCAGUAACCUACUGGAGGAGAAGAAUGAAUAUGAUGCCUUAACAAAAGAAAUGAAAAAGCUAAUGAUGGACGAUCUGCAACACCGUUACUCCUGUGAGAAAGUCAAGAAAGUGAUUGACCUGGCUUGCUUCACUGAUCCUCAUUUCAAGGACAACUUUAGUCAAAACAAGGAUGUUGUUGUCAUGUUUGCUGAAGAAGAAGCUGUGAACCUGGCAGACAGAAUCUCACUGCCACCUCAAGAAUCACCUGCAGCCACUGCUGACCAAGAACAGGAAACCAGCACGUCCACCACCACUGCCUCCUUUGCUGGUACAAAAAAGAAAGACAAAUCACUGCCUUGUUUGCUGAAAGAAAUAACAUCAGCAAAACAGCAGAGAGUUCAAGCUGUAGAUGGCUUACCAAAAGAGAGAGUGAAAAUUGAGAUAAAGCAAUAUUUGUCUUACGCCCCAAUCUCCUCUGAAGCUGACCCACUGGUAUGGUGGAUGACACACACGGAGGAGUUACCUCUUCUCA